AUGGACCUUGGACCAGACCUGUUGAGGCUUACCGCUUACCAGGUCGAGGUCCAGUUCCUGGUUCUUGGACGUAAAAAAUAUCAUGAGAUGAAGAAGCGGAAAAAGAGGAACCGGAUUUUGUUGAUCACCGGGAUUGUAUCUUUUGCUCUACUCCUAUCAUGCUAUCUCGUAGGCAAGAAGCUGCAUAUUAGAAGGGAAACUGUUAGAGAUGCCAUGCUGUUUGGUUUUUUAAAAGCAAAGAAAAUCCAAAAGCUGUUUCUGCAUCAGUUGAGGCGCCUGUACAAAAAUAUACAAACUGAUAUGAAGAUCAACCCUGAGCUGCAUUAUUUCACCUUUCAAAGCAUCUCAUCUGCCACAAACAAUUUCUCAAGCGCUAAUAAGCUAGGGCAGGGUGGCUUUGGAGCAGUUUAUAAGGGAAAAUUAGUUGAUGGGCAGGAGGUUGCCGUGAAACGACUUUCAAGAGGCUCUGAACAAGGAAUCAAGGAGUUCAAGAAUGAAACUGAACUCAUAGCCAAACUUCAACACACGAACCUUGUCAAGCUUAUUGGGUGUUGCAUUGAGAAGAAAGAGCAAAUUCUUGUAUAUGAGUACAUGCCUAAUAAAAGCUUGGACUCCUUUCUAUUUGAUCCUAGGAAGAAAGGAUUACUGGAUUGGAAUACCCGGUUUGUAAUCAUUGACGGCAUUGCUCAUGGACUCCUAUAUCUCCAUAGGUUUUCAAGGCUGAGGGUUAUCCAUAGAGAUCUGAAAGCGAGUAAUAUCUUGCUAGAUGACUACCUUAAGCCAAAAAUAUCAGAUUUUGGUAUGGCUAAGUUAUUUGGGAUCAAUGAGUCUGAAGCAAAUACAAGUCGAGUCGUUGGAACUCGUGGUUAUAUGCCGCCGGAGUAUAUGUUAGAUGGCUCUGUUUCAACGAAGACGGAUGUGUUUGGUUUUGGUGUUUUGUUGCUUGAAAUUGUAAGCAGCAAGAUGAAUCAUGGGACCUAUGAUGUGGAACACCCACUCAACCUUCUAGGGCUUGCAUGGGAACUGUGGAAUGAAGGCAGAGGUUUGGAGUUGAUGGAUCCAAUACUGGAAGAUUCAUGCACUCCCAAGGAAGUAAUGACGUGCAUCCAUGUGGGUCUGUUGUGUGUUCAAGAUCAUGCUAUGAUUAGACCCACCAUGUCAGAAGUUAUUUCGAUGCUCACAAAUGAAAAUAUGCAUCUACCUGAACCAAAACGACCAGCUUUCUUCAUUGAGAGGCAUGACCCAGAUUCAGCAAGAGAUGAUAAUCUGGAAAAUGGCUCCGUGAAUGGGCAAUCAAUAUCAAUUUUAGUGGCGAGAUAGGAGGAGAAAAAAGCAUGUGUAAUGCCGUUAUAUAAUGUGUGUCACAAGCUACAUGAAAAGAAGUCAGAUCGGGUAGUAAUACAUUGUUCACAAUAUUAAUGAUUUAUAUAUAAAUUUUAAGUGUUUCAGUUCAAGGUUGUCAAGAUCGGGAUCUUACCUAGGAUCGUUUUUGGAUUUACAAGAUCGGAAUCGUAAGAUCGGGAUCGAGAUCCUAAAAUCCCACAAAAUAGAAUAUAAUUUUAAUUUAUAAUAUUUAAUCAUG